AUGCCUGUCCCCCUCGCCCUCGCGGCUCCAGCCGUAGCUGGCACCAUCGCAUACCUCAACGCCCGCUCUUCCACCUGGUACGACCUCUGCCUCCUCCGCUGCGUACUCGCCGGCGCGUCGCGCAUGUACUACCGCGAAUGGGUCGACCGUCUGAACCUGUUUUACCUCGUCGAGAACAUCGCAAAGAACCCGAAAACCGCCGACCGUUUGUUCAUCAUCUUUGAGGGCAAGCGCUUGUCCUACGGAGAAGUCUAUGAUCGAACACUGAGGUGUGGACACUGGCUCAAGACGGAGCAGGGCGUUAAAAAGGACGACAUCGUUGCUGUCGACUUUCAGAACUCGGAUACGUUUGCUGUGCUGUGGCUUGGUCUUUGGAGUAUCGGUGCGAAACCUGCGUUUCUCAACUAUAACCUCUCUGGCGCGUCGUUGGUGCACUGUCUCCAGGCCGCGACGACCAAGCUGUGCAUCGUGGACCCCAACGUCGCCGACAAUGUGGGACAGGAUGUUCGUGAUGCCAUGGGCGAGAUGCGCUUCGUCGUGUAUACCCCAGAGGUGGAAGCUCAGCUCUUGGCUACGGAGCCUGUGAGGGCGCCAGACUCCGAACGAUCCGAGAGCAGUCUGUCCAAUAUGGCUAUCCUCAUUUAUACCUCUGGCACGACUGGUAUGCCCAAGGCUGCUGUGGUUUCGUGGGGAAAGUUGAUUGUUGCGGGUACCAUGGCACAGAAGCUGCUAGCUCGUGAAGCCGGCGAUAUCAUGUAUACCUCUAUGCCUCUCUACCAUUCCUCAGCAGCCAUCCUCUCCUUCUGCGCAACCCUCCUCGGCGGCAGCACCCAAGCCCUCGGCCGCAAAUUCUCCACAAAGCUCUUCUGGCAAGAAGUCCGCGAAUCCGGCGCAACAUCCAUCCAAUACGUCGGCGAGACCCUCCGCUACCUCCUCGCCGCGCCUCCCCAGUACGACCCCGAGACGGGCGAGUGCCUCGACAAGAAGCACAAUGUGCGCGUGGCGUUUGGCAACGGUCUGAGGCCAGAUAUCUGGAACGAGUUUAAAGAGAGGUUUGGCAUCGAGGGGAUUUGCGAGUUUUAUGCUGCUACUGAGGGCACGUUUGGGACGUUCAACCUCAGCAAGAAUGACCUCACGGCUGGGGCUAUUGGUCGGAAUGGCUGGGUAUACAACAUGAUUAUGAGUUUCUCAGUCACCCUCGUCGAAGUCGAUUGGGACACCGACAUGCCCAAGCGCGACCCAAAGACGGGGAGAUGCCGCAAGGUCCGCGCCGGCGAACCUGGCGAGAUGCUCUUCAAGCUACCCUCCAAAGAUCCUUAUGCACGCUUCCAGGGGUACUACGGUAACAAGGCAGCCACGGAAGCCAAGAUUCUACGGGAUGUGUUUAGCAAAGGCGACGCUUGGUUCCGUACUGGAGACGUCGUUCGGUGGGACAGCGACGGACGCAUCUACUUCCACGACCGUAUCGGCGACACGUUCCGCUGGAAAGGCGAAAACGUGUCAACGGCCGAAGUCAGCGAAAUCGUAUGCCAGCACCCCAUCAUCAAAGAAGCCAACGUCUACGGCGUAUCCCUCCCUCACCACGACGGCCGAGCAGGCUGUGCAGCAGUAUACCUCUCCUCAGAACCCACGCAAGAAACGAUGCAAAGCCUAGCAUCCCACGUUCAAAACUCACUCCCCAAGUUUGCCCGCCCUCUAUUUCUAAGAAUCGUCACAGAGAUGGGAGGCGGACAGAUCACGGGGACAAACAAGCAGCAGAAGCACGCUCUUCGCGAGGCGGGAGUUGAUCCUGCGCAAAAGGACAUGGGAGAGGUGUAUUGGCUCAAGGGGGAUAGCUAUGUGCCGUUUACAGACAAGGAUUUCAGAGAGAUGGAGGGUGGCAAGGUCAAGUUGUAG